CUUUCAAUCUCCGCCCCUUUACGGCACGAUGGUCGCACAAGAAUGUGAUACAGGCUCGACGGCCGCCAUUUUCUUUCUUUCUUAGCAGUUGGCUGAGGGAAGGUCUCUGCGAAGAAGCGGCAGCGGCCACUAUAGCGUAGACAUGGCAGACUACUCAACAGUGCCUCCACCUUCUUCUGGCUCAGCUGGUGGUGGAGGCGGCGGCGGUGGUGGUGGAGGAGUUAACGAUGCUUUCAAAGAUGCGCUGCAGAGAGCACGGCAGAUUGCAGCAAAAAUUGGAGGUGAUGCUGGUACAUCACUGAAUUCAAAUGACUAUGGUUAUGGGGGACAAAAAAGACCUUUGGAAGAUGGAGAUGGCUCUUGGACAAGUCCGAGCAGUACAACACACUGGGAGGGAAUGCCCUCUCCUUUUAAAGAUCAACCAGAUGCUAAGAAAGUUGCUCCUCAAAAUGACUCUUUUGGAACACAGUUACCACCGAUGCAUCAGCAGCAAAGCAGGUCUGUAAUGACAGAAGAAUACAAAGUUCCAGAUGGAAUGGUUGGAUUUAUAAUUGGCAGAGGUGGUGAACAGAUCUCACGCAUACAACAAGAAUCUGGAUGCAAAAUACAGAUAGCUCCUGACAGUGGUGGCCUUCCAGAAAGAUCUUGUAUGCUAACUGGAACACCUGAAUCUGUCCAAUCAGCAAAACGGUUAUUGGACCAGAUUGUUGAAAAAGGAAGACCAGCCCCUGGCUUCCACCAUGGUGAUGGACCAGGAAAUGCAGUUCAAGAAAUCAUGAUUCCAGCUAGCAAAGCAGGAUUAGUUAUUGGAAAGGGGGGAGAAACUAUUAAACAACUUCAGGAGCGGGCUGGAGUUAAAAUGGUUAUGAUUCAAGAUGGACCUCAGAACACUGGUGCUGACAAACCUCUUAGGAUUACAGGAGACCCAUACAAAGUUCAGCAAGCCAAGGAAAUGGUGUUAGAGUUAAUUCGUGAUCAAGGUGGUUUCAGAGAAGUUCGAAAUGAGUAUGGGUCAAGAAUAGGAGGAAAUGAAGGGAUAGACGUCCCCAUUCCAAGAUUUGCUGUUGGCAUUGUAAUAGGAAGAAAUGGAGAGAUGAUAAAAAAAAUACAAAAUGAUGCUGGUGUUCGAAUUCAGUUUAAGCCAGAUGAUGGAACAACACCUGAUAGAAUAGCGCAAAUAACGGGACCUCCAGACCGAUGUCAACAUGCUGCAGAAAUUAUUACAGACCUUCUUCGAAGUGUUCAGGCUGGUAAUCCUGGUGGACCUGGACCUGGUGGUCGAGGAAGAGGUAGAGGUCAAGGCAACUGGAACAUGGGACCACCUGGUGGACUACAGGAAUUUAAUUUCAUUGUACCAACUGGGAAAACUGGAUUAAUAAUAGGAAAAGGAGGUGAAACCAUAAAAAGCAUAAGCCAGCAGUCUGGUGCAAGAAUAGAACUUCAGAGAAAUCCUCCACCUAAUGCAGAUCCUAAUAUGAAAUUAUUUACAAUUCGUGGCACUCCACAGCAAAUAGACUAUGCGCGGCAACUUAUAGAAGAAAAGAUUGGUGGCCCAGUAAAUCCUUUAGGGCCGCCUGUACCCCAUGGGCCCCAUGGUGUCCCAGGUCCCCAUGGGCCUCCUGGGCCUCCAGGGCCUGGAACUCCAAUGGGACCAUACAACCCUGCACCUUAUAAUCCAGGACCACCCGGCCCUGCUCCUCAUGGUCCUCCAGCUCCUUAUGCUCCCCAGGGGUGGGGAAAUGCAUAUCCACACUGGCAGCAACAGGCCCCUCCUGAUCCAGCUAAGGCAGGAACGGAUCCAAAUUCAGCAGCUUGGGCUGCCUAUUAUGCUCACUAUUAUCAACAGCAAGCACAGCCACCACCUGCAGCUCCUGCUGGUGCACCAACUACAACCCAAACCAAUGGACAAGGUAACUAUGGAGAUCAGCAGAAUCCAGCUCCAGCUGGACAGGUUGAUUAUACCAAGGCUUGGGAAGAGUAUUACAAGAAAAUGGGUCAACAAGGGCAGACACAAGAUUAUUCAAAAGCUUGGGAGGAAUAUUACAAGAAGCAAGGUCAAGCAGUUCCUGCUCCUACUGGUGCUCCACCAGGUGGUCAGCCAGAUUAUAGUGCAGCCUGGGCUGAGUACUAUAGACAACAAGCAGCGUACUAUGCCCAGACAAGUCCCCAGGGAAUGCCACAGCAUCCUCCAGCACCUCAGUGCCUUCCCAGACCUUCCACCUUAGGUUCUGCUGCAAAAAGCAACAGUGCUGAAGAUGCUGCAAGCACCAAAUCAUAGCUCAUAAAAUCAGGUCCUGAGAUAGUUACCCAUAAAGAGGAAUCCUUUGAGUGUAUGCCAUUGGUGAGCCGAUGAGCAUGGACCAUAGAAGGGCUCAAUGUAGAAGGUAAAAUUGGCAAAUCAUAAUUGAGAAAUAUGAAAUGUAUUCCCAUACAUAAUAUGGUAUAGGGUGUAAUGUACCUGCUUUUGAUCACUUUUCAUUUUAAAGUGCUAUUCGCUUGAUCUUAAAUGUUCCAUGAACUGUUAAAUUUUGUAAGUUAUAUAGUUACUGCACCACAUUUAUGUGUGUGUAUGUAUUAUUUUAAUAGUCAAUGAUAGGUAUGUUAAGACUGAUAAUACAAAGGAGCUCUUUGAACCUUAAGAGCCUGUCAAGUUUUGGUUAGUUGUAGUUUGCAUUUUUAUAAAAUAUAGAUGAAUGCUAAUAGAUAAUUGGGGCAUUGUUUCUAUAUCAAGAGUUUUUUUUAUUCAUUACCAUAAGCCUUCACUGAUACUGCAUUUUUUUAAAUGGCGCUAAUCUUAACCUUGAAAUAAAUGGAAAGCGGAAAAGGUGAGCCAGUUGACUUGAAUGCAAUGGAUGUUAGGAGUGGUAGAAACAAUGUUUAGAUUGAAAUUGAACUGAUUUAUUUUAUUUAGCACUUAAAAACUUGACAAUGUUUCAUUUUUUAAAGAUAUUUUAGUGUGGUGUUAUGUAGAAUUCUUAUGGUUUGAUGUUUCUUUUAGAAAUGAAAAGUAUACUUUUAUUUUUAACUAAUGAAAAUGGUUUUAAUACUAAAACUAGUGAUUUGAUACUAGUUGUUUAUAAACAUAAAAUAUUUCCUUAGACAAAUACCUUGGUAGUUAAUUCAUAAGGGUGGGUUUGGGUAGGAGUAGCAGAGUACCUUAAGAGGGAAAUAGGAAUAUAUGCAGAAGUGAUAACAUUUGUUUGAAUACUCUGCCAGGAGAACCAGCUCUAUCUGCAAACAUCUGUUGUCUAGAAUAAGGAUGUAGAAAUGAUCAAUGAGGAUGUCUUUUUAUUUUCUGAAAAUUCUGCCUCAUUUUAAAAUGUAUUUUAACAAUACUAAAGAUAAUUUUGACUCUGAAAAUAACAUUUUUUGUUUAGUCACUUGAGUUUUCUUGCCACAGUAUAAAUUUGAGGGAUUUUUUUAAAUUGGUGCUUUUAAGAAGCAAAUCCGAAGGUUUUAUUUUCUUCAAUGAUAGCCCUAUAGAAACUCUUAAAUGUAUUUGCGCAUAUAUAUAUAUAUUUUUUCUUAUGCAUGCUCGAUGCAUUUUCGUCCUGAGAAAAGUGUUCUCUACAGAAACUACCCGUGUGUAAAAAGAAGAUUGGCUUAAAAUGGCUACUGUGAUGGGAACAGUGUCUUAGGGAGAUGCAGCUUGGACUUGAGGUAAAUUGAAUACUUUACAAACUGUGGUUUAGAGUUUGCUUUAAUGACAUUGUAUGUAAAAGGGCACAUGAUUGCUGUAAUUUUGUAUUGAUUAUGGUUUCCUCAAUAAAAAAAAUAAAUGUACAUUGAUCAAUAUU